AUGAGCGACCCUCUAGGGCUGCUCCAGCCUGAUUCUAGCAACCGUUUGUCUGCCGAAUCCAAGGAUGACUGGGAGGAGUGGGAAGACGACGAGGUGAUAACUCCCCUCACGGCGACGACGAGGGAAGGCCCGCUCCUCGAUGCGGCGCCUGAGGCGACUGAAAAUUCCGGAGGCGGGGCUACACGGCAUGUCGGACAGCAAGCAUCUCGGCGAAGUUCCAGACUGACCGUCCGCCACUCGGUACGCGGGAUAGCGAGAUUGACCUCCCGCCGCAGGCAGAAGGCCCAGAAUGCAAAGUUUGGCAUAAAACUGGUCACCGACAUGACCAAAUUGCGCCAGCAGCAACAACAACAACAACAGGGGCAGCAGCAGCAACACGUCGCUUACCAAAUGGGGCAGAGCCCAGAGAGCCGGGAAAGCCGGACCGGCAAGUUCGUCGACCUCGCUGCCCUGAGGGCCCUUGAAGGCACGCCGUCAGACGAGUCGAUCGGCACAUUUGCCUGGCUCAGGCGGAAGGGAACCAAGGGCAAGAAGGCCGAAAAACCGGGAGCCGAGUCAUCCCUGCAGGCCGACCUUUCACCCGGCGCCCGGCCCAUCAUGAUCGGCUUCGCCAUGCCCCCCGACUCAAAAGUGGUCAUCAGCCCGCAGACCGCAGUCGUCGAAACGCCCGUCGAGUUUCCCCAAUAUUUCAAGCCUACUACAACUGCCCCUUCGCCGACCCAGCCUGUCUCCGCCUGGUCCCCGGACACCGAGGACGGAGCCUCGCCGAGGAUGACCGAUCGCGGCUUCGUACCGGCCGUUCCUUCAAUUCCAAUACAAUACAGGCCCGCCGAGGUCUCGCCCACUACUGCGGGCAGUCGAAGGGAUUCCUUCCCCGCGCCGCCUGAUGGCAAGGACAAGUUCGGACAAACGGCCAAUUCGUCGGUGUAUGUUGACGAUGACGAUGAUGACAUGGGCACCCCGGUCACGUUAUUCGAGGAAGAUGGCAGUCCAGCUACCACACGUGGAAGAUCACUGCGAGUCAUCAAAGGCCGCCAGCGGUCGGCCACAAACGGGAGCUCUCGAUCCCAAGGGUGGUGGGACCAGGUGACCUCCCCCUUCGGACCACCUACGCCACAGAGCGCCGGUUCAGGUGAGCACAAAGCCGAAGAGGACCGAUCGUGGUGGAAUAGCGUGGAUAAGAAAAAGCCCCUCUCUCCCCUUGGAGCCGAGCCAGAAGCCGGGCCGUCAAGCGGACCACGAAGCGUUCCCAGGAUGCAUCAUCAAAACCCCGAGAUUACCAUCGAGGACGUUUCGUCGUCGUCAGCAGCACCAUCCUCCUCAAGAGCGGUUCCGAAGCCACAAGCUCUGAGGCGAGCGGAGCCCGAGAAGCCACGCACGACGGCCGGGGAGGUACAGACUCCUGGAGAGCUGCCACCUCCCUACUCGCCGCCCCGUAAGCUCCACAACGCCCGCUACCGUGCGGUCUUCCCUCCCGGGCAUCCGCUCAACGCCCUGUAUCCGCCGUCGCCCGGCCCGGUUCCGCCAGGCUUGUCGCAGACUAUGACAUCGCAGGGCGCCAUCGGGCUCUCGGAUGUUCCGCUCACGCCGCCCCCGACCCAACUACACCAGCAGAGGUUGCCGGACCGGCCUCUGGGUUCCUUCGUUCCCCCGGACCAUUUCAUCGACGUCUCUGGGCACGGUCCGAGGCAGAAGGCCGAGCGAGAGAGGAGGAGGCACGAGAAGGAGGACGCAGUGGCCUGGAAAGCCGGCAGGAUGUGGCACGGGCGUGGCUGCUUCCCUUGCUGCGGCUGCUUCGGCUGCCUCGGCCGUCCCGGACGCGAGGGCAGGAAGCGGAGGAGGGUGUGCUUGGGCCUCUGCGCGGCAUUCCUGCUGGUCACAGCCUUGGGCGUUGUCCUGGGCGUAUUGCUGUCGCGUCGGACAGGGACGGAGGAGACCGUGCCCUCGCGGUUCCUCAACCUGACCGACUUCCCGCCGAUCCCCACGGGCAUCUCGACGGUGAUCGGGCCCGAGUCCGACUCGACGACGGCCUGUGUUCAGCCGCCCACCCUCUGGACUUGCUCGCUCCCCAAGGAGCAGGCGGACUCGGUCGCCCCGUUCGACGCCAGCCAGCCGAGCUUCGUCAUCCAGAUCCAGUUCGAUAACAACACGCGGCAGACAUGGAACGUCUCGGGGGAGCCUCCCCGCCCGACCCCCACAGACCGGGGGACUCCGCUACCGUUGCCAUCGGCGAACGGCACGAGAACGACGCCCACCCAGACAGCAAGCCCGCGCGCCGUCCCGGCCACGGGUUUCGGCACCUCGCUCGUCCGGCGUCUCUUGGGACCACGUGACGGACCAGACUCCGGCAGCAGCCUCUCGCUCAGGCCCGACCCGCCACCGCCCAGCUUCGAGGAGAUGUUCUUCCUCGGUAACACGACCGACGGGGUGGUCUCGGACGACAAGGCAGGCGAGCCGACCCCCUUUUACAUCAGCAUCCUGCGCUCGAUCAACGACACGAUCGGGCCCGACGUCCUCGCCCGGCGCGACGACUUGAACGACGACGACAACAACAACGAUGACUUGGAGCUACCUGGCAACGGCAACGUGACGGCCGGCCAGGGAAUCAUCAACGCAUCCGACAUCGCGCCGCCGCCGGCGCUGGACCGAGACGGCACCGGGGCGCCGGCCGUCCUGCUCCCCUUCCCGACGCAGCAACCGCUCCGGCUGUACGACCGCGGGCUGCCGACGGAGCGGUACGGCUUCUACACGUACUUCAACAAGACGACGUACGUCAAGUCCAUCGCCACGCUCUCGGGCGACGGCGUCGACGCCACGCCGGUGCCGGCCGACGAGAACGGCGGCUGUCUCAAGACGGAGGCCAAGUUCCUCGUCACCUGGCUGUCGGUGCGGUACAAGGUCGAGAUCUGGACGCGCAUGGGCGGCGACCGGGCACGGCUGACGGGCGCCUCGGGAGCGGCGGCGGCGGCGGCGGCGGCGGACCAGCAGCCCGGCUCGUUUCCCUACCCGGUCACGGUCACGCUGGACACGCACGGCGGGCAGCGGGGCCGCAAGUUCGCCUUUGUCCGCGGGGUGGACGACCGGCAGCGCAUCAUCAUGGACGACGCCCGCUUCGUGCUCAACCGGAUGAACACGACGGGCGACCUGAUCAACGGCGCGGCCGACUUCAACCCCAGCUUCGGCGGCAUGGACGGCGGCACGGGCGGGUGCAAGUGCGAGUACCGGAACUGGUGGAGGAGGAACAAGAAGAAGAAACAAGAUCUGGAGCCGGAGCCGGAGAGGAUCGUGACGCUCGCCAUCGAGACGUCGUGCGACGACACCUGCGUCGCCGUGCUCGAGAGGCGCCCCACCUCGACGACGCUGCUCUUCAACUCCAAAGUCACGUCGGACAACCGCAAGUUUGGCGGCAUCGAGCCCAUCACGGCCGUCAGCUCGCACGCCGCCCAGCUGGCCCCGCUCAUGCAGGCCGCCGCCGAGGCUCUGCCCAGGACGAGCCUGGAGAGCGGCCUGCCCGACUUCGACCCUGCCACGAACCGCAUCUGCGGCCGCCGCCGACGGCCCGACUUCAUCACCGUCACCCGCGGCCCCGGCCUGACCUCGGCCCUGAGCGUCGGCCUGACCGCCGCCAAGGGCCUGGCCGCCGCCUGGCAGGUCCCGCUGAUUGCCGUGCACCACAUGCAGGCCCAUGCCCUGACGCCCCGGCUGCCCGACCCGGACCCCGACCCGGACCGCUGGCAGGAGCGCUGGCAGGAGCCCGAGCCGGCCUUCCCCUUCCUGAGCCUGCUCGUCUCGGGCGGCCACACCCAGCUUCUCCUCUCCAAGUCGGUCACCUCGCACUCCAUCCUGGCCGACGCCCGCAACGUCGCCAUCGGCGACAUGCUCGACAAGUGCGCCCGCGUCAUCCUGCCCCCCGACGUCCUCGCCGGGACCGACAACGUCAUGUACGGGGCCCGGCUCGAGUCCUUUGCCUUUGGGCCCCCGCCAGGAGAAGAGGAGCCGUCACCCCCUCCCGAAGACCCGUACGAGGCUUACUACGGCUAUACCUACAAGCCGCCGCUCAAGCGCCGCGACGAGAUCCGGCCCUACGUCUCCCCGACCUACGGCUGGACCCUCACGCCGCCCUUGGCAGAGCGCCGCGACAUGGCCUUCGACUUCUCCGGGCUCGGCGGCCAGGUCCAGGCAAUCAUGAAGAAGAACCCGGACAUGGACAUCCCGCAACGCCGGGAACUCGCGCGCGAGACCAUGCGCCUCGCCUUCGAGCACCUCGUCACCAGGCUCAGAAGCGACCAAAGCAGCACGCCCACGACAUCAUCCUCCGUCCCCAAAACGCUCGUCGUCGCCGGCGGCGUCGCGGCCAACCGCUUCCUCCAGCACGUCCUCGGGCGCAUGCUCUCGGCGCGGGGCUACCCGCCCGACACGCUGACCAUCGUGCGGCCGCCGCCCGAGUUCUGCACCGACAACGCGGCCAUGGUGGCCUGGGCCGGCAUGGAGAUGUGGGAGGCCGGCUGGUACAGCGACCUCAACGUCCUCCCCCAGCGCCGGUGGUCGCUCGACGACGGCGACGGGGACGGGGACGGCGACGGGGACGGGCCGGGCAAGGGGGGGAUCCUGGGCCUGGGCGGCUGGCUGCCGCGGUCGCAGCUGGAGAACAAGGACGACAAGAAGGCCGAGGCCGAGGCCAGGGCGCGCGAGCGGGCGCUGGACAAGCUCGAGAAGGAGAUCGAGGACAAGGCGGUCGGCGAGGGGUCCAAGAAGAAGAACAACGCGACCGGGGCCGGGGGCGGCGCCGGGGCCAAGGCGGCGCCGCUCCAAGACUGGACCAUCUACUGGAACGACUGGAACGAAAAGUGGGGGAAGCCGCCCGAGCCGGGCUUGCAUUAUGACUGGGCCGCGGACUGGGAAGACUGGGACAAGUUCGAGCGGCGCCAGCGGCUCCGGAAUGAGGAGAGGAGGAGAGAGCGGAUCCAGAGGUGGCUUGAGUCCCGAAAGUUGACCGCCUGGGUCGGCAAGCUGAAGAAGAGGCAGGCCAGGAAACUCGAGAGGAUGAGAAAAGAGAGGAUCAAGCUCAAGUAUCAAUAAAAGAGGGGACGGAAAAGCA